AUGACGUUUCUCGAUGCAACUCCCCAAGCCGCCGUGAAGAUGGCUAACGUUAGUGUGAAUAUUCCACAUCUCGUCCAAACAGAUGGAUCGAAACAACUUGUGGUGAAGGGCAAGCCUUUUCUCAUGAGAGCUGGGGAACUUCAGAAUUCUUCACUAUCGUCCCCCGAAUACAUGAAAACUGUAUGGGAGAAAAUGGCCAAUACCAACAUCAACACUUUACUCGGCAGUGUGUCCUGGGAGAUGAUUGAGCCUGAAGAAGACAAAUUCGACUUUUCGGUGCUCGACGAAAUCAUUAGCGACGCACGGAAACAUUCCAUGCACCUGGUUUUGCUAUGGUUUGGGUCAUUCAAGAAUGGACUGUCUUCCUAUACACCGGCUUGGGUGAAAACAGAUGACAAGAGGUUUCCGCGCGUCAAGCUUCGCAAGGCCGGAGGCCGUCUCGAGACCGGCGACGUUCUGUCAAUCUUCAGCGCCGAGAGCCGCAAAGCAGAUGCCAAGGCCUUUGGCCGACUAAUGGAGCACUUGAGACAGGUGGACGAGUCACACUCUACUGUUCUGAUGGUACAAGUCGAGAACGAGUGCGGUGUUUUGGGAGAUUCUCGGGACGGUUCAGAGCUCGCAAAUGAAGCCUUCCGUGAACCAGUCCCAAAGGACCUUGUCCACUUCCUAUCUGCAGAGUGGGAUCAGCUACACCAAGAUUUGCGAGAACAAAACCUCACGCAGUUUGAUCGUCAGACUUCACACCUUGACGGAAGCGGAGAUUGGGAAUCUGUGUUUGGAAGCAGUCCCCGGACCGAUGAGUUAUUCAUGGCAUACAACUACGCUCUCUAUCUGAAUCAAAUUGCCGCGGCCGGAAAAGCGGCGUAUCCUAUCCCUCUCUAUACCAACGUAUGGAUGAACUACGUCGGCGAAGACUCUGACAACGAAUUUCCCGUGGUGGUAGGCGGCGGCGGCAUGCCGGGAGACUAUCCCUCUGGAGGACCCGUGAGCAACGUCUUGGACGUAUGGAUGCGCUUCGCGCCGAAGCUGGACUUUGUCGGGCCCGAUGUCUAUCUCAACGACUACGCCAGCUCUUGCGCCAAGUACAGGCACCGUAAUCAACCUCUCUUCAUCCCGGAGCAACGACGAGACGACUACGGAGCACGCCGCAUCUGGAUUGCGUACGGAACCUACGGUGCUAUGGGGGUUGCCCCCUUUGGUGUGGAUACUAUCGAGCCAGAGGACAGCCCCUUCACCAAGCACUAUGGUCUGCUGAAGUCUGUUUCGCCCAUCGUCCUUGAAGCACAACGACACCCGAACACGUCAGUGGGCUUCUGCUUCGACGAAUUGCCGGCGGAUGGCACCGGGAAGGACCCAAGCCCUGUCAUCCGUCGUACCUGGGGAGAGUUUGAGAUCACCAUAGAACGGUGCUUUGUGUUCGGCAAGCCCGGAACAGGGGCUGGAAUGGUGAUACAUCGAGGUGGAGGCAAAUUCUUGCUCAUCGGCUGGGGUUUCCAGGUCAAGGCAAAGGCAUUGGGCCAGGACCGGAGCUUCACCGGCAUACUCAAGUUUGAGGAGAAGAUUGUAGAGGACGAAGGGGCCGGCCGCUUGAAAACCAGCAGAGUUUUGAACGGAGAUGAAACGAGGAGCGGCAAGUUCGCGAUGAUGCCUAACGAGGACCCAGAUUACGGCGGCUUUCCGAUCUCCGUUACGAUCCCAGCCAGGACGAUGAUUGCAGAGGUUACGUUCUACUCUUUGUCUUAA